AUGAACACCAAUGUCUGCGUGGAGCCCGGGCCGAGCCCGGAGGCCCCGGGCUUGCCCAAGGAAAGCCACCUGCCCGAGGGGGCCCUGAACAGCCUUGUGGAUUACAACUCGGAGAUGGAGCGCUACCGCUCCUUUGCCACCUCCUUCUACAAGACCAACGGGGGCGCCUUCCCGCAGGCGGCCAAGAUCGCGCGCAUCACCACCCCCAUCUUCCCCAGCAGCGCCGCCGCCGCCGCGGCCGCCGCGCGCAUCGGCAUGUCCCCCUGGAACUGCGACAACGCGGCCACCGCCGCCGCCGCCACCGCCAUGCUCUGGGGCAGUGGCGGGGGCGGCGGAGGCGGAGGCGGCGGCGGCGGGGGCGGCGGCGGGGGCGGCGGGGGCAGCAGGAAAUCCUCCUCCGCCGCCGCCUCCUCCUCCGCCGCCUCCUCGGCGAUCCUCCCCACCGGCGGUGGCGGCGGCGGCGGCGGCGGCGGCGGCGGCGGCGGCGGCGGCGGCGGCGGCGGCGGCGGCAGCAGCAGGACCAGCAUGCACCACCGAAACGACUCCCAGAGGCUGGGGAAAGCUGGCUGCCCGCCAGAGCCGUCGUUGCAAAUGGCAAAUACUAAUUUCCUCUCCACCUUAUCCCCCGAACACUGCAGACCUUUGGCGGGGGAAUGCAUGAACAAGCUCAAAUGCGGCGCUGCUGAAGCAGAGAUAAUGAAUCUCCCCGAGCGCGUGGGGACUUUUUCCGCUAUCCCGGCUUUAGGGGGCAUCUCAUUACCUCCAGGGGUCAUCGUCAUGACAGCCCUUCACUCCCCCGCAGCAGCCUCAGCAGCCGUCACAGACAGUGCGUUUCAAAUUGCCAAUCUGGCAGACUGCCCGCAGAAUCAUUCCUCCUCCUCUUCGUCCUCCUCGGGGGGAGCUGGCGGAGCCAACCCGGCCAAGAAGAAGAGGAAAAGGUGUGGGGUCUGCGUGCCCUGCAAGAGGCUCAUCAACUGUGGCGUCUGCAGCAGUUGCAGGAACCGCAAAACAGGACACCAGAUCUGCAAAUUUAGAAAAUGUGAAGAGCUAAAGAAAAAACCUGGCACUUCGCUAGAGAGAACACCUGUUCCCAGCGCUGAAGCAUUCCGAUGGUUCUUUUAAAGCAGUAGUAUAUCUUAUUUUCAAGGCAUUUGGAAGUGAAAGGCAAACUAAAUGUCUUGUUUUAAGAAACUGCUUAGUCCACCACUGAAGAAAAUAUCCAGAUAUUAUUUUCAUUUUAUGUAUAGGGGUUUCUUCAAAAAAAAAAAAAAAGGAAAAGAAAAGAAAAAAGACAUAUAAAAAUAAUCUGGGAGCUUGGGGAAUUGGCCAGUCUAUUUACUUUCAAUACCCUGAUUCUUUCUUUGAUGUAAUUUAGCUAUCCUAGUGAAGUUGUUGUCUAUUUUGAAAGUGGCUGUAAAAAAUAAGUUUGGGUAAGCCCCUGCUGUAAAAUCAUGUAUCUUUGCAAAGUACAUAUCUAUACUUCAUUUUCAAAUAUAUGUGUUUCAGUACUGUAAACUGUACAGAUAGCAGCUUGUAUUUUGUGU